AUGCUGGCUAUGAAGACCCUCGUGCUGCUUCUAAGCACGACUCUGGUGAUGACCAAGGACCUGUCAUCAAUCUCGUGCGGGUUCAAAGUGACCAUUGCCGUGAACAAUCCCCCAUACAAUGCUCAGUGGUGUGCGCAAUGCUCCAGAAGUACCUACCAAUGCUUCGAGGUGCGGCCCACGGUGAGGAUUGAUAUUGUCGAUACCACCGAUUCAGUAGCCGCGACCACGACCGACGACGUUCUGAUGGCGUCGGGCUCGUUUGGGACCCUUGGUGACCUCGGACCCGAAGCACCGAAGCUCGUCACGAGUUUAUCCCUUCGCGGCACUUCUGCAUCAUCGCGCGAUUUUCAAUUCCGCUUCGAUGCAGUGGCUCCGCUAACCCUGUUGACCUCAUUGAAUCUCACAAACGUGACCGUCGGUCAACCAGCCACUCCGACGCAACUUCCUGCAUCCCUGGCAACACUGUCUAUUGACCGUUGCGCCUUUCCUUCCACGGGAGUGACCCUCAAUGGAACACAGCUGACCACGCUUGUCAUCACCAACAGCGACCUCACAAACACCUUUGUCCUGGACGUAUCGUCGACCCCACAGCUUCAGACCAUUGACUUGUCCACCAACCACUUCACGGAAAUCCCGGCGUCGCUGCUCACCUUUGUGAAAACGUCGCCAACCGUUCGCAUUAAUCUAAAGGGCAACCCCAUCAACAUGACCAACACAAGGCAGUCCAUCGACGCCUCCACCUUAUCGUCCUUUAUCCUCGACGACACGCUACCGCCUUCGUCCCCCACCCCCCCUCCAUCUACACCUGCCGUUCCAUCUGCCCCUGGCUCGUCCAACGACGGCGCCAUCGUGGCCGGAAGCGCGGCGGCGUGUGCUUUCGUCAUCCUUGUUGGCUUGACAUACCUGUACAUUGAUCGUCGUCGUCGCCGCAAAGCGCCCCCGUUGCUCGGACGAACCACGUCGCGGCGCACGAGCUCUUCCCUGGGGGGCAAUGACGGCGACGAUGACGGCGGCGGCGGGGCAUCGGGGGAGUACAAGUCGGAGCCAGUGACCACCCCUCGAUUUGCUCCACCCCCUCUGUCGACUUCUUCCUCGGAUGAAGCUUCGUUCCCCCUGGAAGACCAUCGCGGCUAUGCCAUCCUGCCGCGCACGGAGCUCCGGUCACUGAAGAAGUCGUCGUGCGGGCUCUUCACGGCAGAGUACAACAGCACGAUCAAGGUGCUGGUGCAGAAGCUGGAGCUGAAUGUCAUGGCGGAUGCGGAAGCCAGCGACAACCUCGGCACCAGUGCGAGCAGUCGGUUGUUUGUGCGGCGCCUGCCGCUCCUCGCCUCGUUGCAGCAUGCGAAUGUGUUGCCGCUUCUAGGGGCGAUCAAGCUCUCGUCCACGUCCGUGUGUGCGCUCUUUGGGCCGACGUCGGGUGUUAGUACUACUAGUACGUCCAAUAGUAGUACUACCACUGCCGUGUGGUCGUUGGCGGCGCUGUUGUCGCAAGACCCCACGAAACGAAAAUCGGAAGCUAUCACAUGGGAACGGCAAAAGAAGUGGUGCCUCGAUGUUGCCCGCGCUGCCGUGUACCUCCAAGACGUGCAGUGGGAAGAUGGGAGCAUGCAAGUUCCAUGGACUGCGAGCGACUUCGUCGUGGUGGACGAUUCCGCCAGGACAUGCCAAGCCAACCUCAUGGGGUACCUGGACGUGUCGGGCGUCCCGCCAGUCCGUCAGUUCGGUACGAAUGUGUUAGCAUGGACAGCCCCAGAAGUCGUGCGUCAUGAAGAUCCGUCGCAAGGAAGUAGUUCUGCUGCACGAGUGUUUUCAAUGGGCGUCGUGUUUGGCGAGAUUGUGACCCGCGUCCGACCGCAUGCCGCGUCGUGGCGCGCACGAGGACCCGUCCGCGCCGACGUCGCGGUGAUGCACUUGCUUACAGACACGAUCACACCGAUCGUUCCCUUCGAAUUCGACGCGAAUGUGCCAGUCGAGUUCAAGACGUUGGUUAGCCGCUGCCUCGAACGAGACCCGCUCAAACGACCCAUGCCCUCAGAAGUGCUCUUCCGCCAAGGUAUCAACUGCAUCACUGCACUCUUGCCCAUGGACAGACCAUCCUCAGCGCAUCCCAGAGGCAGCGACUCCCGGAAAUGGGGCCGAUUCAACAAUGUUGCCAAAUCGAAUGCCAUUAAGGUGACCGCCCCGACGCCGAUCAAUACACCCAGCUUGAAGAUGGAAAACAGUGUGCAAGGGCAACUUGGGCAAACCAGCGGUGGUAGCAAGAUGGGAUGGUCGGAACCGCAAGCUGCAGCACCUGUCGUGCAGCAGCAACCCGUUGCAACAACGCCCGAGACCACACCCGUGUCCUCAAAACAUGCUGUCGUCGUGCCUUGGAUUCUCAAGCGAACCUUACUGCAACAACACCACCACGAGCCAACUACUCAUCCCGCCCUGUCCCCCGUUCGCGAACAUGAGACUGCCACUGGAGACAUCUUCCGAACCACGUCAGGGCGUUGGGACGACGAUGCCGUGGACGAGACUCAUGCAACCGCCCCGGUGUCACCGGCAGCAUCGGCACGGUACGAGGCCAAUUCUGGCAAGUGGGGCGACGAAGCGAUAGAGGACGGCAUGGCGGUGCAACAUGAAUCUGCAAAAGUUCACAUUCCCCCCCACGAGUGUCCCCAACCAUACGAUGCGUUCACAAGCAAAGUAUGCCGUGCAAAGUCGUGUCAACGAAGUGGGGAAUCACUACACGGGCGUGCAGGCAAUGUCCACCACCACCACGACCGAGGCCAAUAUCGGCCCACAGAUGCUCCUGUCCCCGCCUGGACAAGCGGCGCGUCGCCAUGGCGGCAGUCCACGGCAGAUCAGCCAUCUGUGGACCCCCCCGUACGCAUUCUCAAACGCGAGCACAACCACAAGAUGUUGUUCGACCAUAAAAGCGGUCACAUGAUCCCAACCGACGCGAAAGCAUCCACGAACAGCAUCACGUCGGAUCAAAGAUCGGCCAAGACUGCAGCGACGACAGCCGAGGAGCAUGCCGUGCCAACGCCUGUCGUUUCACCCAACCAAGAUCCGCCGUCGAAGCAUCAUCACUCGUUGCCAUUUCCGGCGCCACCGCCGUCGAACCGCGUGAACGACCUUGCCCACAAUCAUCCGCUAGCACAGCCAGCAUCGCCAACGACGAAGAAGAAACGGAUGACUCUACAAAAAAAGGCCAACACGGCAAAGGUAAAGGACCACAAAACCAAGCACAAACACAGCAGCAGCACAGCAACGCCAAAGGAAGAAGAAUUAGCACCACCAGUUGGUGCCACGACUGCCCAUGUAAGACGACGGAGUGUCACAAAAGCCGGUGUGGCGUUGGUCUACCGUGUGAAGAAAAAUACAUCGGUGCAAAGUGCUGUGCCAUCUGUAGCUAUUGAAAUCCACGAAGCCGCCCGGUCGUCGACCACAUUACACCAGCAGCAGCAUGAACGAAACGAUCUCGACACACGGAUCAACUCGACGGGCCACACAGCGUCCAAGAAACACUUUAAGGGCGAACACAAGACUGUAUCGCAGCAGUUAGUAGAUGGCGGUUCUCAAGUCUCGCGACGUAGUAGAAGGAACAGUCAUGCAUCACCCCGUCCGAAAAAUCCCAGCACCCCAACAACAUCAUCAUCCACGACGACCCAGCGUCUCUAA